UUCUCUCUUCACUCUUUCUUUUCCUUCUCAUUCUUCUUCAAAGGAAAAAAAAUGCCGGGAAUCGCUUUCGGCCGAUUCGAUGACUCGUUCAGCUUCGCCUCAAUUAAGGCGUACGUCGCUGAGUUCAUCUCCACCAUGCUCUUCGUCUUCGCGGGUGUCGGUUCCGCCAUUGCUUUCAACAGCGUGACUUCGGGCGCCGCUCUCGACCCGCCGGGGCUGGUGGCGAUCGCGAUCGCGCACGCAUUCGCUCUCUUCGUCGCAGUUUCGGUCGGAGCCAACAUCUCCGGCGGCCACGUCAACCCCGCCGUCACCUUUGGAUUGGCCGUCGGCGGCCAUAUCACCGUCCUCACCGGAAUAUUCUAUUGGAUCGCUCAGCUCUUGGGCUCAAUUAUCGCCUGUUUUGUGCUCUCCAUCGUUACCGGCGGUUAUGCGAUCCCGACUCACGGAUUGGGUGUUGGAGUCGCAGUCUUCCAGGGACUCGUGAUGGAGAUAAUCAUUACAUUUGCAUUGGUGUACACUGUGUACGCGACUGCGGUUGAUCCCAAGAAGGGCUCAGUGGGCACAGUCGCACCAAUUGCGAUUGGGUUCAUUGUGGGGGCCAACAUUUUGGCAGCGGGCCCGUUCUCAGGUGGAUCCAUGAACCCGGCCAGGUCCUUCGGCCCAGCUGUGGCGAGCGGUGACUAUGAUGGGAAUUGGAUCUACUGGAUCGGGCCACUCAUCGGUGGUGGCCUAGCCGGGAUGGUUUACAACAAUGUGUUCAUGCACGAUGAUCAUGCACCACUUUCUAGCGACUUCUAAGUAUGUAAAUUUGUGGAGUGAUUUCCGAUUUGUUUGAGAACCAAUUUGCACAAUCCCUUUGUAAUAAAAGGAAAGGGGACUCAUUUUCCUUUUGUUUUUCUACUUGUUGAAUUGGUUUAAAUGUCGAAAAUCCUUUUUUUUUAAAUUGAUAUGUUAAUUGCUUUAAUUUGUGGAA